UGACUGUUAGAUUCCUCGGUGAAUUUGCAUGCAAUCUGGAGGCAGUGGCGGAGGAUCCGCCCGGAAUCCGGGGAAUGAUGGGAGGUGGCAACUUUGCUUCGUCUCCGGGAUCUAUGCAACUGCCUCAGCAGUCUAGGAAAUUCUUCGAGUCUCCUCAACAACAACAGGGUUCUGGUCAAGAGGGUCAGCAAAGUUUUAAUCCAAUGCAGCAGGCGUAUAUUCAGUUUGCUUUACAGGCACAGCAACAAAAAGCGCAGCAGCAAGCUAGAAUGGGAAUGCUGGGUUCACCAAGUGUGGGAAAGGAUCAAGAUGGACGGAUGGGAAUGUUGAAUAUGCAAGACUUGAUUCCGAUGCAGGCAUCUAGUCAGGCACAGGCCUCGUCGUCUAAGCCAUCGGGAGAACAGUUUGCUCGCGGGGAAAGGCAAAUGGAAUCAGGCUCUCAACAAAGGAACGAAGCAAAACCUCAUCCUCAGCAGGUGGGAACGGGACAACUAAUGCCUGGAAAUAUGAUAAGGCCAAUGCAGGCACCACAGGCUCAACAGGGUGUCAAUAACAUGGGAAACAACCAACUCGCAUUUGCACAACAGUGGCAGGCGAUGCAGGCAUGGGCGCGUGAGCGUAAUAUUGAUCUCUCACAUCCUGCCAACGCCAGCCAAAUGGCGCACAUCCUUCAGGCAAGAAUGGCUGCCCAACAGAAAGCUAGUGAUGGCAAUGUGGCUUCACAGUCACCAUCUAUUCCAAUCUCUAGCCAGCCGGCUUCAUCUUCAGUUGUUCCAGGUGAGAAUUCACCUCGUACCAACUCUGCUAGUGAUGUCUCUGGGCAGUCAGGAUCAGCAAAGGCCAGGCAUCCAGUAUCUACCAGCCCAUUUGCCUCGACUUCCAGUCCUAGAAUGGUGAACCCCUCUAUGAAUCCCUUCUCCAUCCAAGGGAGAGAUAAUCCAGGGUAUCCUCGACAUUUAGUUCAGCCUACAAAUGGGAUGCCCUCAGGAAACUCACUGCAGACGUCUGCAAAUGAGACGCAUGUUUUAGAUCAGAAUGCGUCUACAAAAAAAAGUUUGGGUUCUGCUGAACAAUUGCAGAUGCAGCAGCCUAGGCAACUGAAUGCACCGACUCCAACUUUAGCAGCUCCAUCUGAUACUGGUCCACUCAGUACCUCUUCCCUUCAGAGUGGACAGGGGACCCAACAAGCACAGCAGCGAUCAGGAUUUACCAAACAACAGCUUCAUGUUCUCAAAGCCCAGAUACUGGCAUUUAGGCGUUUGAAGAAAGGAGAAGGUUCUUUGCCUCAGGAGCUUCUUCAAGCUAUUGCCCCACCACCGCUUGAACUGCAGACGCAGAGGCAAAUUUCUCCUGUGGGAGUACAAGUUCAGGAUAGAUCUUCAGACAAAACUGUAGAUGACCAAGCACGGUCGCUAGAGUGUGGUAAAGAGUCUCAGGCAGCUGCUUCUUCCAAUGGACAGAUUUUUUCGAAAGAGGAAGAUAAUGUUGAAGAUACAGAAGUAGCUUUGGCGACGGGCCACAGCCAGUUAUUUCAAAACAUGGGAAAAGAAGUUGCUUCUACUGAUGCGGCAACAAAAGAGGAGCAGCAAACUGAUAUAUUCCCUGUUAAGUCGGACCAAGGAGCAGAUACUAGUGCUCAAAAGACUCCUAGAAGUGAUUCUACAGCUGAUAAGGGAAAAGCUGUUGCAUCUGAUGGAGGCCAAUCUAAGGUGCCUGCACAAGCAAACUCUCCCCAGCAGCCCAAGGAUACAGCCUCUGCCAGGAAAUAUCAUGGACCAUUGUUUGAUUUUCCGUUUUUCACUCGAAAACAUGACUCUUAUGGGUCUGCAACAGCCAAUGCCAAUAACAAUCUCACAUUAGCGUAUGAUAUUAAAGAUCUGAUUUGUGAAGAAGGUGCAGAGUUCUUUAAUAAGAAAAGAACAGACAGUUUGAAGAAGAUAAAUGGUCUACUAGCAAAAAAUUUGGAAAGGAAAAGGAUUAGGCCUGAUCUUGUUUUGCGGCUUCAAAUUGAAGAGAAGAAGCUUAGGCUAUCGGAUCUUCAGUCUCGUGUUAGAGAUGAAGUGGAUCGAUAUCAACAGGAGAUAAUGUCCAUGCCUGAUAGGCCAUACCGUAAAUUUGUGAGGUUGUGUGAACGACAACGUCUUGAAAUGAAUAGACAAGUACUGGCCAGCCAGAAAGCUGUCAGAGAGAAACAGCUGAAAACCAUUUUUCAGUGGCGUAAGAAACUCCUUGAGGCUCACUGGGCUAUACGUGAUGCACGCACUGCUCGUAACAGGGGAGUGGCCAAAUACCAUGAAAAGAUGUUGAGAGAGUUCUCGAAGAGAAAAGAUGACGGCCGGAACAAAAGAAUGGAGGCCUUGAAAAAUAAUGAUGUAGAAAGGUACAGGGAGAUGUUGCUGGAACAGCAAACAAAUAUACCUGGUGAUGCGGCUGAAAGAUACGCUGUUCUCUCUUCAUUUUUGACCCAGACCGAAGAUUAUCUCCAUAAACUUGGAGGUAAGAUUACUGCCACAAAGAAUCAACAGGAGGUGGAGGAGGCAGUGAAUGCUGCAGCAGUUGCAGCGAGAUUGCAGGGACUGUCAGAAGAAGAGGUCAGGGCAGCAGCUGCUUGUGCUCGAGAAGAAGUUGUGAUCAGAAAUAGAUUUACGGAAAUGAAUGCGCCAAAAGAUAAUUCAUCUGUCAACAAGUAUUAUACUCUGGCUCAUGCUGUAAAUGAAGUGGUUGUGAGACAACCCUCAAUGCUUCAAGCUGGAACUUUGCGUGAUUACCAGCUGGUUGGAUUGCAAUGGAUGCUCUCGUUGUAUAAUAACAAAUUAAAUGGAAUCUUGGCUGAUGAGAUGGGUCUUGGUAAAACUGUGCAGGUAAUGGCACUGAUUGCUUACCUUAUGGAGUUUAAGGGGAAUUAUGGACCGCAUCUCAUCAUCGUUCCCAAUGCUGUGCUAGUGAAUUGGAAGAGUGAACUUCAUACUUGGCUGCCAUCUGUUUCAUGCAUAUAUUAUGUUGGUACGAAGGAUCAACGAUCAAAAUUGUUCUCUCAGGAGGUUUGCGCCAUGAAGUUCAAUGUUCUCGUUACGACUUAUGAGUUCAUUAUGUAUGAUCGAUCAAAACUCUCAAAAGUUGACUGGAAAUAUAUUAUAAUUGAUGAAGCACAACGGAUGAAGGACAGAGAAUCUGUUUUGGCCCGAGAUCUUGACCGGUACCGCUGCCAGAGGAGAUUGCUUCUCACUGGGACACCUUUACAGAACGAUCUGAAAGAGCUUUGGUCGCUAUUGAAUCUCCUCCUUCCUGAUGUCUUUGACAAUCGAAAAGCAUUUCAUGAUUGGUUCGCGCAACCCUUUCAAAGGGAAGGUCCUGCGCAUAAUAUAGAGGAUGACUGGCUGGAGACUGAGAAAAAGGUCAUAGUCAUUCACAGGCUUCAUCAAAUUUUAGAGCCGUUCAUGCUUAGACGCCGAGUGGAGGAUGUGGAAGGUUCACUUCCUCCUAAGGUUUCCGUAGUUUUAAGAUGUAGAAUGUCUGCUAUUCAGAGUGUCGUUUAUGAUUGGAUUAAAGCUACUGGAACUCUUAGAGUUAAUCCAGACGAUGAAAAAGCUAGGGCUCAGAAGAAUCCAGUAUACCAAGCCAAGAUAUAUAGAACUUUAAAUAAUAGGUGCAUGGAGCUGAGGAAAGCAUGCAAUCAUCCUUUGCUGAAUUAUCCAUAUUUCAACGAUUAUUCCAAAGAUUUUCUUGUAAGGUCAUGUGGCAAAUUGUGGAUUCUAGAUAGAAUCCUUAUGAAGCUACAGAGGACAGGGCAUCGUGUAUUGCUCUUCAGUACAAUGACUAAACUUCUUGAUAUCUUGGAAGAGUAUUUGCAGUGGAGGAGGCUUGUAUACAGACGAAUAGAUGGGACUACCAGCUUAGAAGAUCGGGAAUCAGCUAUUGUGGAUUUCAAUGAUCCGAAUACUGAUUGCUUUAUCUUCUUGCUUAGUAUACGCGCAGCCGGAAGGGGUCUCAACCUUCAGACUGCCGACACAGUAGUGAUAUAUGAUCCGGAUCCAAACCCCAAGAAUGAGGAACAAGCAGUUGCCAGAGCCCAUCGUAUAGGGCAGACAAGGGAAGUAAAAGUGAUUUAUAUGGAGGCAGUUGUUGAAAAACUUUCCAGCAAUCAAAAGGAGGACGAGCUUAGAAGUGGUUGUUCAAUAGACUUAGAGGAUGAUUUGGCUGGAAAGGACCGAUAUAUAGGAUCUAUAGAGGGUCUCAUAAGGAAUAAUAUUCAACAGUAUAAGAUCGACAUGGCUGAUGAAGUCAUUAAUGCUGGCCGUUUUGACCAAAGGACAACUCAUGAGGAACGACGGAUGACAUUAGAGACUCUAUUGCAUGAUGAAGAAAGAUAUCAAGAAACUGUUCAUGACGUACCUUCUCUGCAUGAGGUAAACAGGAUGAUUGCUAGAAGUGAGGAGGAAGUUGAGUUAUUUGAUCAGAUGGAUGAAGAAUUUGACUGGACUGAGGAGAUGACGUCUCAUGAGCAGGUUCCUAAGUGGCUUCGAGCUAGUACUAAAGAGGUGAAUGCUACCGUUGCUGAUUUGUCUAAGAAACCGUCAAAGAACAUGUUAUCGAGCAGUAAUCUGAUUGUGCAACCUGCUGGACCUGGAGGUGAGAGAAAAAGGGGGCGGCCCAAGAGUAAAAAGAUUAACUACAAGGAAAUUGAAGAUGACAAUGGAGGAUACUCUGAGGAAAGCUCUGAGGAAAGGAACAUUGAUUCUGGGAAUGAAGAAGAGGGAGACAUUGGACAAUUUGAUGAUGAUGAACAAACUGGUGCUCUUGGUGAUCACCAAACCAACAAGGGAGAUUCUGAUGGAGGGAACCCUGUCUGUGGUUAUGAUUACCCUCCGGGUUCUGGUAGUUAUAAAAAAAUUCCUCCACGUGAUGAUGCCGGUUCUUCCGGAUCUUCGCUAGAAAGUCAUAGAUCGAAAGAGAUGGCAUCUCCUGUUUCUUCACAAAAGUUUGGCUCUUUGUCUGCAUUGGACACUAGGCCAGGUUCUGUCUCAAAAAGACUGAUGGAUGACCUAGAAGAGGGGGAAAUAGCAGCAUCAGGGGAUUCUCACAGAGAUCUCCAACGAUCAGGAAGUUGGGCCCAUGACCGUGAUGAAGGGGAAGAGGAACAGGUUUUGCAACCUACAAUUAAACGGAAAAGGAGUAUUCGUCUAAGACCCCGUCAAACUGCAGAACGAAUGGACGGUAGUGAUAUGCCUGUAGCUCAGCCACUGCAAGUCGAUCGUAGCUAUCGAUCAAAGUUGAGGACUGUUGUUGACUCGCAUGGUUCAAGACACGAUCAGAGUGAUUCAUCCUCGAGACUUAGGAGUUUACCUGCAAAGAAGGUAGUUAAUACUACCAAGCUGCAUGUAUCAUCACCAAAAUCUGGUAGAUUGAAUGCCACACAGCUUUCCUUGGAGGAUAACGCCGAAGCUGCCAGAGAAACAUGGGAUGGGACUAGUCCUAUUGGCUCUUCAAAUUCCGGUGCGAGAAUGUCCCACAUCAUACAGAAACGGUGCAAAAACGUGAUUAGCAAGCUCCAAAGGAGAAUCGACAAGGAAGGUCAGCAGAUUGUACCUAUGCUGACAAAUUUGUGGAAGAGAAUUCAGAAUGGUUAUGCAGCUGGAGGUGUAAAUAAUCUUUUGGAACUACGAGAGAUAGAUCACCGGGUAGACAGGCUAGAGUACGCAGGAGUUAUGGAACUCGCAACUGACGUGCAGUUUAUGCUAAGGGGAGCAAUGCAAUUCUAUGGAUUUUCACACGAGGUGAGAUCUGAAGCAAGGAAGGUUCACAAUCUGUUCUUUGAUUUAUUGAAAAUGUCUUUCCCAGACACAGAUUUCCGGGAAGCAAGGAAUGCUCUUUCCUUCUCUGGCCCAACCCCAACUUUGGUAUCUACACCCUCCCCAAGAGGAGCAAGUGUGAGUCAGGGCAAGAGGCAGAAGCCGAUAAAUGAGGCAGAACCCGAGCCAAGCUCUCCUCCUCAGAGACCUCAACAACGCGAGAACACAAGGAUCAGAGUACAGAUACCGCAGAAAGAAACAAAGCUUAGCGGGACAUCAAGCCAGACCGACGACUCUCCAAUUUUAGCUCAUCCAGGGGAAUUAGUAAUCUGCAAGAAGAAGAGGAAAGACAGAGAAAAGUCUGCUCCAAGAACCCGAACCGCUGGCUCCAGCAGUCCAGUCUCACCUCAAGCUAUGAUAGGUCGUGGUCUUAGAAGUCCUGUGUCUGGUUCAGUUGGAAGGGAAACAAGGCUAGCUCAACAGCAACGCUGGCCAAACCAAGCCACUCAUCCAAACAACAGCGGUGCGGCUGGUGAUUCAGUGGGAUGGGCUAAUCCGGUGAAGCGGUUGAGGACGGAUUCUGGUAAAAGAAGGCCGAGCCAUUUAUAG